AUGAAGUUGCUGGUCACGGGCGCAUCAGGGUACCUGGGGGGACGCCUCUGCUGGGCACUGCUCAGGGAAGGCCACGAAGUUCGCGCCUUCGUCCGCCGCACCAGCGACGUCAGCCAUCUGCCGUCGCCGGCGGCGCCUGGUGGCGGCGCAGAGGGCGGCGGAGGACGGCUCGAACUCGCCUAUGGUGACGUCACUGAUCUAUCCUCUCUGCUGUCGGCCUGUGCCGGCUGCGAGGUCCUUUUCCACGCAGCGGCACUCGUCGAACCCUGGAUGCCCGAUCCAUCCUUGUUCUUUUCGGUGAGUUGACUAACACCCGCCUGCUAGAACUGCUGAAUUUUCGUACCUCCAACUUUGUAGGAUAUCGGAUUUCUAAAUUGGCGGGAAGAGAAUUCGCAGUGGCGGGCGAAUCUGCAUCUCCCUGCAGAAAUUCUUCAAGAUUUCAGCCGAGCCUUCUUCCUCAGUUAACCAUCGAGAGUGCAGUCGUAGAUCGCUAGGGGAUUCAAGAUUCGUGUGAUGAUAAUAGCGUCUGACAUGCGAAGAACGCGGAAUUCGUGGAGGCCCUUGCAGUGGAUUUCUCGGUUUGGGGAGGAAGGAAAUAUCUAACGAUUAGUCAACCCCAAUCCCAAGUUCAGAUAUUGCUUGCCCUCAUUUUGACUUUGGAGGGUCUGGACGCCCUUCCAAUUUUAGCAAAUUGGUGCCUUGCUUUCCCUUCUUGAUACCACAAUGAUGAUCGAACUUUGUCAGGUUUUUGAUCCGACUCGAGUUUUUUUCUUUUUUCUUUUUUCUUUUUUUGUUUUUGCUGCUUCGAUCUUGGUAGAUCUUGUCCCUCAGCUGGAUCAGCUGGAUCAGUCAACAUUUGAUCAUCAUCCUCGGGCCACAUCUCUCUAUUCAACUUUCCCACAAACACUCCUGAGGUGCGUUUUGCCUUGACGCUAUGAUAUUCCAGCACUGUCUGAUGACAUCUGUUUAGGAUGCCAUGUUGAGCAUAUGCCCCAUAUUCCACACUACUUUGACUAUGCCAUUAGUAGACGAAAAAGUCAACCACCCACCAAGCCAAUCGAACCUGUCUAUGCUCGGUUCAACCAUGCAAGAGCCUGGGGUAGGGGAAGAAAGAGACCCACAGUCUAGUAGCAAGAAGCAAUGGCGGAUGAUUUAGGAAGGCAUAGGCAGAAGCUUUGUCAGCCCAGAGUAGCCUAUUAGGUUUUCGGUGUGUACACCGCACAGAUCUUGUGAACAGUCGGUUUCACAAAAUCUUGUUGAUUUAUUGGUAGUAUAUUUCGUUGCAUUAACUAUAGUCUAGUAUGAACUAAAUAAUCAGGCAUUUGGUUCAAUAAAACCUGCUUCAUCUCCACAUCUGAAUGGUUCAUGCGCUGAUUAGGGGUUUCUCAUACCCAUGUCAUUAUUUCUGCACCAUUAAUCAUUUUUAUAUGAUCCCACAUUUUUUCUUUGUUUUUAUUUAGUCAGCGUCCUUCAGUUCUCUGUACUUCCUUUUUUUUUUUUUUUCAUAAAUUCUUUCUCGUUUGACUUUUAUAGUUUCGUCAUGCUCUGUUGAUGUGCUGACUGUCUCUCUGACUCCAUGAUCUUGUUGAAUACUAGGCACUUCUUAUGGCUGAAAUUAAUAAUAUGAUUUAUUUAUUUUAUCAAUAUGCAUGGGAUCAAGAGGCAGAAAUCUAUGCUAUCUGCAAUAAUCUACUGCCAAUUAUGACAUGGAUUGUAACAGAUAAGAAAUACUGAUGCACCCAGCUGUUCAUCAUCCUUUUUUUUUUUGCCCCCCCUUGCAAAAUUAUUUCUUUUACCGCACUAAAUUUCCAACCUGGGUCCUCUUUUUUUUAUUUUUUUCCUUCUGUGUUAGGUAAAUGUAGGUGGUUUGGAGAAUGUUUUGGAAGCUUACAGAGAAACCCAUACCAUACGGAAGAUAAUAUACACAUCAUCCAUUUUUGCACUGGGCCCCACAGAUGGACACGUGGCGGAUGAGGAUCAGGUGAGUCAAAUGCACAAACGAUUGAAAAUGGUCAGAAGUACAUACCCUUUUUUUUUAUGCAUUUGAUCUGCAUAUGUACUACGUUUUUUCCUUUUUUUUCCCUCCAGGUAGGAGAAAAGAAGUCAUAAGGGUUGGGAUGGGGAAAAAAAAGAAAAGAAAAGAAAAUAAAUAAAUAAAUAAAUAAAUCAAAUGCCUCAUCUGGUAGUAACUUGCAUGAACAUCUCAUGAUUUUUCAUUCAUGCGAUUAGUGGAAACUCUUAUAAGGUAGAAAGAAUCAGGAACGAUUUUCCCUUUGUUUUCUAAUCUCAGUAUCAGUCACCCUCUUCAUACAAGUCAAAGGGUCACUAAUUCGGUGGUGGUGAGAGGGGGGGGGUCAUUCAGUUCUGUGGUUUCCUGAGAAUGCAGAACAUGUGUGAGGUAUCAUUGACUUGUGACUGUGACUUUUUGGCAUGCUAAGCCUUCAGAAGUCAAUGAUACCUUCAUUCGGUUCUGUGGCUUCCUGAAAAGUGCAGACAUGUGUGAGGUACCGUUGACUUGUGAAGGCGUGUGUGACAGUGAUUUUUGGCUAGGCUUUUUCUUCUGUUAUCUUCUCCAAUGUAGGCAGAGCACAGAAUGUGACCAGUGAACACUAUCUCCUCUUGGCUCUUCACCUUUCUGGUUAGGGGUUGACCAUGGAAAAGUGUUCUAAUGGCAGGUGCAUCAUGAGAAGUUCUUCUGCUCUGAGUACGAGAAGUCAAAGGCCAUGGCGGAUAAGGUUGCACGGCAGGCUGCAUCAGAAGGGAUCCCAAUCGUUCUUCUGUAUCCAGGAUUCAUUUAUGGUUCUGGAAAACUCACUACUGGCAACAUUAUUGCACGCCUGGUAAGGCUGAUCCUACUGUUCAUGAUAAUUUGGGAAGGUGUGAGAGCAGAAUGGCACCAAAGAUCCAGAGCCACGUAAUUGAUUUCUUCCAAGUUAUUAUUAAAUAAUAUUAAUGAAUUUUUAGGCAAUAUUGGGUAAAUAUCACUGUUCUACUUCUUUUCAUGAAAAUUUUAGAAGAUGUGAGAGUAGAAUGGCAACCAAACCCACACCUGCAUAGUUGAUUUCUCAAGAUAGAAAGAAAAUAUCAACACUGUGGUUAUUUGAUUGAAGCUUAGAAGUUGCCUUCCUUUUGUAUCUUGGGAUAAGCACAAUAUCGGAUUGAUGAACUUGCUUGCAAUCUUACCUUUAACAACAGUACUGGCAAAAAAAUAUUCAUUGAUUCCACUUUUCAUGAUAACUUUAGAAGAUAUGAGAGCAGAAUGUCACCAAAAUCCGCGCCGACAUGAUUGAUUUAUGUCAAAUUGCUAUAAAAUCUCAAUACCAUGGUCAGUGAUCAGAGCUGAGGUUACUGAACUCGCAUGCAAUCUUAGCUUUUGCAUUGGCUAAAUAUGGGAAGAAUAGCAGACACCAUCAAACAUCACAUUCAUUGGAGCGCCUCCUCAUCAUUGCAGAUGAUCGAACGCUUUAAUGGACGCUUGCCAUGUUAUGUGGGCCAUGGGAAGAUGUCAUUCUGCCAUGUCGAUGAUGUGGCAGUAGGACACUUGGCGGCCAUGAACAGGGGACAAGUCGGUGAGAGGUAUCUUCUUACUGGAGAAAAUGCAUCCUUGGAGCAGAUAUUUGAUUUAGCGGCGGCCAUCACCAGAACAAGGCGUCCUUGGUUCCACAUCCCUCUCUGGCUCCUGAAUGUUUAUGGGUGGAUCUCAGUUUUCUUUUCCCACAUAACGGGAAAGCUUCCUCUCAUCAGUUAUCCUGUAUGGGUCUUCCCCUCCCCCCUCCCCUUCCAUUAUUCUGGUUGGCUUCUUCUUCUACCUCAGAGAACUCCCCCCCUUGGAUUUGGUUCUAAUCUCUGAUUGAAAUGGCUUGCAGACUGUGACGAUAAUGAGACACCAGUGGGAGUAUUCCUGUGAGAAGGCCAAGGAUGAUCUGGGUUAUGCCCCUAGAAGCUUGGAUCAAGGCUUGGGAGAAAUGCUUCCCUGGUUGAAGAGCUUGGGGUUGAUAAAAUACUAA